CUGGACCCCGGCUGCUGUUGCCGCCUCUGCCACAGCUGCUGCCUCCGCUCCUACCUUCGCUGGGGAGUUGGGUGCUGUCAUGCGGUGGCAGCUGACCCACCGGACCGCUCUAUAAGUAUGAGAGAGAACGACCCGGAAGGGGGCUAAAGAUGAAGGUGUCCAUGCACGGACCACGGUUCAUUGCCAAAUCAGUGCAAGCCAGAGUCCAGCGCAGCAGAGGCUGGGAAGCGCCCGUCUUAGCAGCCGCGGGAGCAGCCACUAAGGAAGCAGCCACUGAGGAAGCGGCUGUGGCUGCGGCGGCGGCAGCAGCUGCGGCGGCGGCGCCAACUGCAACGGGAGCACCAGCUCUGUGGCCGCUGCUGCCACAGUUGCCAUGAGUUGUGCGGAGGUGAUGUAUCACCCUCAGCCAUAUGGAGCAACCCAGUAUUUGCCCAACUCGGUGGCAGCAGCAUCCUGCCCCACAGCUUAUUACCAUACCGCUCCCCAGUCCGGCCAGCAGAAGAAGUUAGCGGUAUACAGCAAGAUGCAGGAGUCUCUGGAAAUGACCCUUCCCAGCAAACAAGAGGAGGAGGAGGAGGAGGAGGAGGAUGAGGAGGAGGAGGAGGAGGAGAAAGACCAGCCUGCCGAGAUGGAGUACCUUAACUCUCGAUGUGUCCUUUUCACUUAUUUCCAGGGAGACAUUGGUUCAGUAGUGGAUGAACACUUCUCAAGAGCUUUGGGCCAAGCCAGCAGCUUCCAUACAGAAUCUGCCAUUUCAAAAAGCAAGAUGGGGCUAACCCCCCUAUGGAGAGACAGCUCGACUCUUUCAAGUCAGAGGAGUAGUUUCCCAACUUCAUUUUGGACCAGCUCUUACCAGCCCCCACCUCGGCCCUGUUUAAGUGGAGUUCACCCUGACUUCUCAGUCACUGCACCAGGCACCUUUGCAACGGCUGAUCCUGGUCCCUGGCCAGGACACAACUUGCAUCAGACUGCCCCUCCCUCCGCCCCUCCUGUGUCAGAGUCUUGGCACUAUCCACUGACAUCUCAGGUGAGCCCGUCGUACACACAUAUGCAUGAUGUGUACAUGCAUCACCAUCAUCCCCAUCCGCACAUGCACCACCGCCACCAUCACCACCCUUCCGCCAGUUCCCACUUGGAUCCUCGGUAUGGCUCUUUGCUGAUGCCUUCAGUUCGUACAGCCAGGAUUCCUGCUCCCCAGUGUGACAUCACAAAGACAGAUCCCACUACUGUCACCACUGCUACCUCAGCAUGGGCUGGAGCCUUUCAUGGAACAGUGGACAUUGUGCCAAGUUUUGGGUUUGAUUCAGGUCUGCAGCACCAGGACAAGAACAAGGAGUCUCCUUGGUUCUGAAGCACACAGUAUUAGCAAGUAAAGCUGGACUUGAGACCCCAGGACAGUGGGCAUGGAGCUCUCACCAGUGUUUCCUUCUUUGUGCAUGAGGACAGAAUAUAUAUACACGGAAGAAGAAGAAGAAGAUGAAAAGUCAGCCAUUUUGGUUUUGGAGCCUGUACUUGAGAAGGCUUAAUGGGACCUAGAACAUUGAAAAAAAGUCUUUGUUUGUUUGAUUCUUCCCCUACCUGAGCCUGUGCAACUCUCCUCCUCUUUGCUCUUUUCAACAGCAUGGUUUAUUUUCCAUUUAAUUUUGAUUUUUUUUUUCCUUUUAAACAAACAAACCAGCUUGUUUGUCAGGAAAAGCCAAGCCACAAUGGCAAUGCUCAUCCUUUCAGGAAUACAAUUUUGUAGCUCUCUGUGCAUCUAUUUUUGUAGAAAUACAGAAAGUGUGGUCUAGCAUCGAUGGGCUAUUUUAGAGGGAUGUAUUUUUUUUAAAAAAAUUGUAAAAAUUGUUAAGUUCUGUUUAAAGAACUUGCUCUCAGAGAAGCACUGGCAACAAUGUAUAAAAAUGCUUAAUUGUAGAUAUCUGUGAUGUGAUGUGUCUCUAUGUUUUUCAGGUUACCUCAAGUGUUUGAUAUUUUUCAUUUUAAAGACGGUAGCACCAUCGCCAAGCCAGUCUGGUAUUGUUUUCACGUGACAGUGCUUUUAAGGGUUGAAAUGUUCAAACCCUUGCCCCUAGCUUGUGUAGCUAUUAGGUACAGAUAUGGUUUCAGAGGGAAAUUCUUCAAUGCUCAUGGUAAAGCAGAAAAUGAAUGUUUCAUUUCUUUGGCAUCAUCUGAAGAGUUUUCCUCUAGUAACAUGAUCAUAUUCCCGGCUCAUCCAGUCUUCAUAACUGUAUCCAGAAUUCAUACAGGCCCACUAGAGAACUGGUAACCCAUUAGUGCCAGUGAAUCAGGUUCAUUCUGUCUAAUUUUCUGUCCUUGGUAACAUAAAGUCCCAUUGUUUUUCCUGGUGAGAGAUUUGGAGAGGGAAUAGGCAAGUUUUGUAAGCAAGGUGCUCUACAAAUCACAAAGCCUAUGAGCUUAAUAGUUAUAUCAUAAGCGUACUCCAAAAUCUGCAUACUUGUUUUUUCUCCCUCUGCUAUCUGACAAUAAGAGAUAGCAGUGGUAUAGUAGAUUGAAAGCUUGCCUUGGAAUCUAGAAGCCUGGGUUCAAGAACCAUGACUGACAUAUACUGUUUCUGGGACUUUGGAUAAGUCCCUUAACCAAUGCCUCAUCGCUCUAAGGAACUUCCUAAAACUCAGUUUUUGAAGAGAAGGCAUUGACUUGCAUUUGUAGAAGGAUUGUCUUCACUUUGGAGUUUCCUAUGUCAGUGAAAUCACAGGUCCAGUUCCUAGCCAUGCCAUCGAAAGAGAAUACAUAUAAUCUGUAAUAUUUCCAGCAUAAAUUUUGCAGUUCUUGAAAUGUACUGUUUUCUUUCUUUUUUAAGUGAAUAUUUCUAAGGAAAUCCUAUGGGUAUUAUCUGAAGCAAGGAAGAAUUUGAUUUGGGUUAUUAAUCAGUAUGAUUUAGAAUUUGCUAACAAAUUGAAAAUUUGAGGAUUCUGAAGGGAAAGGUACAGAUCAGAUCAGAUCAGAUGAAAUAUCACAUUUAUGGUAUUGAUUUGUAUAGAUAUGGACUGACAUCAAGAAUCAACCAACAGGGUGAUAUCUUCAGAGUUUGCAAAAGGAAAAUAAGCAUUAGUAUUUCUUAUUGUUUUCAGUGGUUAAAAAAUGUAAGACUUGUUACUUUCUUUGGUGACUUUCAGAGAUGAGCAAAGUUCAAAAAUUAGCUCCAAGAACUUCUAAGUUUUGUUUGCUGAGAUGAUUUUUCAUUUUCCCCUCCCUUAUGAAAUUCAAAGUACAAUAAAUUACCAUUUUAAAGCUUGAAGCAUAUAUUUCUGUGUAUGUAUAUGUAUAAAUAUAUAUGUGUGUGUGUGUGUGUGUUAAACAACACCAUAAACUUAGCUAGGCUGGGUUUUCAUAACUGAUUUUCAGAUCUAUGGUUAUAUUUUAUGGAUAUCUUCUUUUCUUCUUAUAAUCUUUGUAUUCUUUCCUAUGUAUCCUUUGGGUUCUAGGUAUUUACCUCCCCUCUGUUUUACUAUGUCUCUGUUUCAUGAUUUUCUUCUUCUCAACUGGACACAACUUUAACACAAUAUGCCCCUGUGAAUUGUCUUCAUUUAUUUCUGGUGUAUAGUCCAAAGUUAGGGUAUCUUGCAUAUACGGGUGAUAGGCAUGAAUAAUAAUAGCUAGGAUUUACAUAGCACUUUUAAGUUUUGCAAAGUGCUGUACAUAUGUUAACUCCAUUAAUUAUUGUGCUCAUUUUACAUAUAAAGAAACUGAGACUGAGGUUAAGGGAUGCUAGUGUAUGAAGUGGGAUUUGAAUGCCCUCCAAGGUCAGUGCUUCCCCCCUCAGCCACUUAGCUGUCUCCCAUUCAAUAGGAUGUGGACUUGCCCUUUCGGGAAUUAUAGCCUGGCUAACUGUAUUGACUCUGUUAUUCAGAAUGGCAGGUGGAAGCUAUGUUCUGAAGAAACUACACUUUAACCAUUUGCACAUGUCCUUGCAUUUUUCAGCAUCCAUUUUAACAUCAUUUCUACUCAGCAAUGGGAAACUCAAAGAUUUACACUAGAACCUUGAUUACAAUAUAUUACUAAUUAAUCAUCGGACUAUCAUUUGGGCAAAGCAGGCCAUAAACCAGUGUUCCUUGAAUGACCCCUCUCCAUUUCUACCAUAAAAUACAGACGUUAUUAUAUAGUUAAACAGGAAGUCCUUGGUUCAGGUAACCCUGGGCAAAUUAUUUACUCUCUCCAUAUUCUAAGCAACUCUCUAAGGCUAUAGGUUGCAGAAAAGGUGCCAAUCUGCAGUGGUUGAAGGAGGUUCCUCACCUUGGCAAUCACAGUCCAUAUCCUUGUUGUCUGGUUAUUUUUCACAAGUCAAGCUUUCAGAACUCCUUGAAUUUCCCAUCUUUCACUAGGUGAGGGAAAUAAAACCUCUGGUUUCUGAAAUAUACCAAUUUAUAAAGAAAAAAUUAACCCUUGCAUGGUGGAUGAUCCUACAGAUUUUAAUGGCAUUUACUUUAAUUCAUCAGGGACUCCAAAGUUCUGCCUCAAGUAGCUAAUACAAUCAGUAUCAAAAUUAUCAAGAAUAUCAAGAUUUGAGAUUCUUUCUCCAUUGUGUUUUAGGUUUUCUUGGCAGCUGAACUAAAAAAAAAAUUGCGUUUAAAGUUGGCUAUUACUUUGCCUACCUGCAAGCUUGAAGAAAAGUAGUAAGAUCUGAUAGAAAAAAAAUCUCCAUAUGAGAGGGAGGGAAAUUCUUUAUAAAUAGUCUCAGUCAGCAGAUUUACUCAAGUUUUAGGAAAAAAAGAAACUAUUAGAAGCAGAUGUGUACAAUGUGUCUGUUACUGAGGAUGGAAAGAGUUCACUACUACCAUUCCAGUUACAAAGGGGUAUUGAUAGCAAUUAAAAAUACUGUGAUUGAUCGCCUUUUUUAGGCAGAAAGGAGAGAGCAAAGGCUUUUAAAAGCAUUACUGAAAGUACCUUAGCAAUUUUAAUGCAUAGUAUAAGCAAGUGCCCAACCCUUUUAUUUUACAGGGCUAGAGAUGUUCACAUCUUUCUAAAAGAGUAAGUUCCUCUUAUAUGUUACUUACAUUGAUAUUGGUCACUGGAUAAGUGACCUUAAAGCACUUUUGGGCCCAUGAUGAAAACAUGUCUUAUUAUUGAUGUGAGAUUAACAUUCACACAACAAUGGAAAUUUCAGAAUCUUUUGAUAGGCUUUUUCUAUACCAAAGGCAGUCUUUCCAGUAUGAUAGAAUUACUAUUGAUCUUUAUGGGAAGGUAUUGACAUUCUUUUGUCUUUUAUCUUCCAUAGUACUAAGUUUUUGUGCAUAUUUCUUCGGUGUUUUAUCUUAAAGUGUCAAAAAGUUGCAUCCACUAAUUUUCUCCUUAUACUGUCAGUGAAAAUGAUAUUCUCCAAUAAUUCAAUAUGGCUCCUUGCUUCCUAAUGGUUCCAAAAGCAAUAGCCCUAGACACACAAAUGAAGUUAUUUAGAGGACCAAGGACUAUUUAGUAGCAAAUUGCAUUCUUUGAAAAAAUUCAGGUAAGAUAUCUUUUGUGGAUGGCCAGUCUUUUAGAAGGAGAAUUCCUUACAUUUUGUAGAACAUAAUCAAGAUCAGAACCUUUCUUUGGCCUCUGGAUCAAUAGAGUACAUAUCUUUAUGUGAUGGUUAGGGCAAUAAUCACUAAUUUUGAUUUCUGAAAAUCAUUAGAACCUUUAAAAAAUUAAAUCUGAUUCAGAAAUGAUAAUCCACACAUGCAAUUUUUAAAAGCUACAAAAGUUGGAUUUUUCUUUGUAUUCUCAAAAAUGUUCAAUAGAUUCUUUUUUUUUUAAUUCUUAAAUACUAGAGUAGGAGAACUGCAAUUGGAAAAAGGAAUUGCCACCUAGAAAUGGGGAUUUUAUAAUUUACACCACUGAAUUUGGAAGCUGCAAACUAAUAUAGAAAACCUAUUUAGCAAUAUUUUCAGGCAAAGUAACUCUAAGUUAGUUAGAUCUAUAAGCAGUUUUCAUACUAGUUGGAGUUUGCAUUUCUAGGGUGGAAGAUUUGGACAUCUCAGCAGCACUAAAUGUCUAUGAAAUCACACCAACAGGACUUUUGGUCUUGAAAGUUGAAUUACAAAUGAUAGUAUUUUCUCAAACAAACAUAUAAAAACAACUACCCUACUCCUCCCACCCAGCCCUGGGCCCUACCAAUUCUGAUCACCCCUUCAAUGGAACUGCCAUUAGUAUAUGUGUAAAUGAUAUGAAAUGAUGAAGAACUUUGUAUUAAAAAGUGUCAUUGUUUAAUAAAUAAUUUAAUGUGAAUUUUUAAUGAUUAUAUUUUAAUGUAGCAAUUUUGUUUUGUUCUGUAUUU